UAAGCGGAACCUCUCCGUUUUUUUCACCCUUUCUCCGUUGAAUCGGGAUGAAGUAGUUUCCGGGCGACAGGGUACCAGCAGUAAACAUGGCGGAGGAACUGCUGGAAGCAGUGGAUAGACUCCAGUCGCGGCUCCUGGAGAAUCCGGAGCCUCGAAAGCUCCUGAAGACGUUGAAAAGACUCGGAGAGCUUCCCAUGACCGUGGACAUCCUGGUGGAAACCGGAGUGGGGAAGAAUGUCAAUUCCUUUAGGAAGCACCAGCUGGCAGGGGAGAUGGCGAAGGGCCUCGUGGCCAAAUGGAAGAAACUGGUUCCUCAGUCAGACAGAGCCGCCAACGUGAAAGAGGCACCGCGGUCACACACACACUCUCGAGGCCCAGAGGCGGGUGGUGGUGGAGGUGGUGUUGUAGGCGGCCAUAGACGCACCAGGGAGCCCUCCCCUGAGGAAGAGCCGUCCUACAUGGAAGAAGAGGAGGAGGAGGAGGAGGAGGUGGAGGUAGAGAGAGGCUAUCACACAAACUACUCGCCCUCACCCCCUCAACACAAGCACUACAGCCCUCCGCAGCGAGGAGGCUACCAGUCGGACGAGUACGAGAGCCCCGAACCCGAGCCUAGUCCUCCUCCUCUUCGCAAAGAGGCCCGCCUCGCCAAACCAAAUAAAGAACCCAACAAAAACCACCACCACGAUAGGGACAGGGACGAGGAGCGGCGGCAACGCCACGCGCAGACGGGCAGCGCCCAAGGAGGAGACGCCGAGGGGAAGAGCCGCAGCGCGGACCGAGAGAGCCCGGUGGCAAAGUCCGCCAAGCACAGCAGGAAGUCCACCGCACACGAGAGCAAGAGGGAGGAGAAGAAGAAGGGAGGAGACGACGGGCGGCCGCGAGUGCCGAAGGAGUCCCUGCCCAAGGAGCUGGGAGAUGACUUUGAGACCCCCACCAUGUCCUUCGAGUCCUUCCUCACAUACGACGCCCCCACGCCCGUCAAGAAGAAGAAGAAGCCGCCGCCGCCAACACCUACACCACCGCCGCCGCCGCCGCCAUCCUCGUCACACAGUCGGCCGCCUCACUCCUCCUCCUCCACGGCGUCCUCCCAUCGUUCACACACCCCUCCGCCUGCCCCCCCCAUCUCCUCCUCCUCUUCCUCCAAAGGGAGCAAGGCCAACGGCACUCAGAGUUCCAAGAGGACGCAUUCGGGCUCAAAUUCGGCAACGGGGGAAAAACGCAAGCGGGCGGUGGAGGUCGUUGCGAUGCUUCCUGAGAUCCCGCUGCCGGCCAUCCAGCCCAAUUACAGACCCCUGCCCUCCCUGGACGUCACGCCGCUGUCCCCUCAGAGACGGAAAGUUCCCGUCUGCAACGACGAGGAGGACUCCGGGUUCACGGGGAAGCGCUUCAACUCCAAGAUGGUGGUGUACUCGGGAUCAAAGGCCGCCUACCUGCCCAAGAUGAUGACUCUGUACGAGCAGUGCAUCCGGGUGCUGCAGAACAACAUCGACUCCAUCGCCGAGGUCGGAGGAGUGCCGUUCGAGAUCUUGGAGCCGGUGCUGGAGCGCUGCACGCCGGAGCAGCUGUACCGCAUCGAGCAGAGCAACCAGUGGUUCACGGAGGAGUCUGACGAGCUGUGGAUGCGCCACUGUCAGCGGGACUUUAAGCGCGAGACGCCUCAGGAGUACGAGUCGUGGCGGGAGAUGUACCUGAGGCUGCACGACGAGCGCGAGGAGCGCCUGAGGAUGCUCACGCAGAACAUCUCCUCCGCCCACGCCAACAAGCCAAAAGGGCGCCAGGUCAAGAUGGCGUUUGUGAAUUCUGUCGCUAAGCCGCCACGUGACGUCCGCCGCCGACAGGAGAAGUUCGGCACCAUCAGCGGCUCGUCAGCCAGCUCCACCGCCGCCGCCGCGCCCAUCAAAAUAAGACCAGCUACCACAGACUACUCUGGUGCACUGAGUCGCUCCUCUUCCUCCCAACUCGACCCUUCUCCCGGCUCGUCUCGCUCCUUCGCACCAGGUGGUGGCGCAGCAGCAGGAGGAGGAGGAGGAGGAGGAGGGGAGGGGGAGGAGGAGGAGGGCCUGUCGCCCGGGACAAACCACAGGUUAAAAAAAUCGCCCCCAUGAUGGCCAAAACUAUCAAAGCUUUCAAGAACAGAUUCUCCCGCCGAUAGUGUGAAUGAGACUGAAUGUAUUUUAUGGAUUCCAACUGUGUUUUUAAUUUAAAUUUUUAGCGACAUUUUACUGGAGACCCCGUCAUCCCCCCCCACCCACCCCCACACACACACACCAUCAACUUUAACCCCAAACGAAUCAUUUGAACUUUUCAGUGUUGGUGGAAAAAUGGUGGAUUUUUUUUAAUGAGUUUUAUUUUAAGUGGCGCCAUCGUUUUUUUAGGGGAAGGGGGUCUUUGAAUAAGUGUUUAAAUCAUGGUUAUUGGGUGUGGCAUCGGUGUUAAGAAAAUUAACAUUUUACAGGAAACAAGAGACACACACACAUUAUGUUACUUUCUCUUGUUUUAUAGCAGACAUUUUAUAAGGAAAAGGUUGACCCUCUUUACCCCGCUUAUUUACAGUCAGACCAGAAGGCUGACGUCACCUCGGUUCGCUUAAUAUGUAGCUGGAGACAGGAGCCAGUUAGCAUAGCAUAGCAUAGCAUAAAGACUGUAAACAGGGGAAACGGCUAGCCUGAAUCUGUCCAAAGGUAACCUCAAUGCUCAUUAACAUGUUUUUAUCUUGUUUGCUUGAACCUCAUCUCAUCGUGUGUAAAAACAACAAUACAGUGUUUUAUGGGGGUGUUUGGAACAAGCUAGCUUUAAGCCAGGACCAGAUUGUCUAAGAAACUACAAAUGUUUUGAAGUUAGACCCACGGUGUUUAUCAGUGAGCUUUAGAUGUGGUCAGUGGAUUGUGCUCCCAUGCUAGCCGUAGACAGUUGUUAUGCUAUGCUACGUUAUGCUACAUCAGCCGGAUACUGGCUGUAGCUUCGUUAUGAGAGCGGCGUGAAUCGUCUCAAACUUUUGAAAAAAAUCUAGAAUUUCUCUUGAUGUGACAGAAAAAGUACUGAUUCUUUUUUAAUUUGUAUUCAAACAAUAGUUGUUUGUCACUUUUUACUUCUGAGCAACUGAUCGAUACGUGAGGAAAACCAUUCCACACUUUUAUUUUCAUUUUAACUUCAUGGCUUGCAUGGUGCAUGUCAGCCGAGACAAAAACAACAACAACUGGCUGGUUAAAGACUGCUUUUAAAAGAAAACAAACAAACACAUGCAUAUCUAGACAUGAUUUUUAUUUUUAUUUUUUUUAUGAUAUCAGUGAACAACACACAACACUUUGUAGACCCGUUUUGACCCCGCUGUGGCUUCAGAUCAUGUUUUUCCUGCUGUUGAAUGUGUGUGUCCCCGUUUAUAUAUCUGCUUCACUGUGAGUGAAUGCUGAAGAGAAGAAAAGGAACUAGGAAACACGACAAUAAGGAAGAAGGUCAAUAGGACGUCUGCAGUUUCAAUCUACAACAAUGAUGAGAUGUAUUUAUUUUAAACACUGGGGCCGGUAACCCCACAACAUGGGCCCCAAAUGAAGUAGAUUACAAAUUGUAAUUUUAUUAGAUUUUAAUAAAUGUUAUAUGGUCAUUUUUAUUAAAAUUGACUUUUUGCCCUUAAAGACUGUGUGAAGAAAUCUUUUUUUGUGUGGCGCUGUUUUAUCAAGAAAAACAAACUACAUAAUACUCUGUGCUUUCUGUUGAACGGGAGAAAAACAUUUUCUCUCGAAAAUACGGAACAAUGUAAAAAAGUCUGCAGGUUGUCAGGUACUAUGGAAAAACUGUCCCUUGAGAAUAUUCUCUUGGUAAUACAAUAUUGUUUACAUCCUAUGUUCUCUUAAAUCAUGUACUGUGGCAUUUAAUUCCUAUUAAAAUUACAUUUUGUGUUUUUC